UUCCCGUCAAUGUCUAUAUAUUUUACGUUUGUACCGACCACAACUGAAUCAUACUGUUCGAAACUAACUGAGCUAUAUGUAGACCCUUCGUUUACAGAAAAAAACGAACCAUUCAUUACAUUGUGGAUUAAGUAUACUGAAAAAAUAACACAGUGUCCCUAAAGACAGAAAAUAAAGCGAGAAAUGACGGGAACGAAAUGUUUCCUUGUUGGCCUCGUUUUGGUGACUGGAAUUGCAGCCAUCUUGGCACAGCAGCAGUGCCCGAGUGACCUCUGCAGGUGUGAGAGGGGACAUCCGGGUAAAGGUCGUAUAAUCAACUGCCGAUCACGUAGUCUUAGUCGCGUCCCCGACUUCCGAGCCUCGGACGAACUUUUCUACGAACUCACUCUCGCCAAUCAGGACAAUUGCGACAGAUGUAAUAACAUAACAAUUAUUCCAGCGAGUGCGUUUAGAGGAUUAAAGAUCAGUGUCCUUCGCAUCGAUAACGUCCUUCUGGAUUUUGUUUCCCAUCAAGCAUUUAAAGGAUUGCUGAUGUCCCUUGAAGAAAUUUCGCUGCAAGGAAAUGGACGCCACCCUCCUCCAUACCGUGCUUUGUCUACUCUGAGAAAUUUAAAGAAGUUAACGCUGAAAGGAUUUCAACAGAAUUCAAUUACACGUGUAAACGCAGACUUCAGUCGCCUGUCUAACUUACAAGAGCUCGUGCUGAAAAAUAUGGAUAUAUCCUACAUCACAAAAGAUGCUUUUCAAGACAGGCUUCCAAAUCUCAAAAAGUUACGAAUGGAAUACCUGCAGCUCGGAAACCUUCCAGUUUCUGGUUUAAUGCCGUUGAAAAAUCUAGAGGAGUUAUACGCUGUGUAUGUCAACUUGAGGCGAAUUCCGUUUGGAGCGUUUUCGUCUUUCAAGAAGUUGAAAGUGUUGGAUCUGUCCCAUAAUGCCAUUCGUGACCUCGUUCCGGAUUGUUUUGAAGGGAUCGAACAUUCAUUAGAAUAUCUUGGUCUACAUUUGAACCAGCUAGAUGCUGGAAACAUAGGUCCCUUGGCGUCUCCGACUUGGAGAAAACUUACUCAGCUGAAUAUCGGACACAACUAUCUUACACGGCUCCCUCUCGGACUGUUUUUUAAUAUGAGGUCGCUAGAAUAUCUGAAUUUGGAUUCGAACGAAAUCAUUUCUCUACAGCCGGGUUCAUUACAAGGAUUGCAGAAUUUGACUUAUCUUGACUUUUCCGGAAACAUGAUCUCGUCACUGGUUCCCGGAAUGUUCCUACACACUCCAAGGCUCACAGAGUUGGACUUAAGUGGCGAAAACACGCGAGAGUUUAAUCUCACGUCCGAGGGGUUACACGGCUUGGAGGAAACUCUUAAGAAAUUAUACCUGAAAAGCACGCCUGUAGCGGAAUCCGAGAUGUGGAGAGCGAUUCGGAAUCUCCGACAGAUACACACUCUGCAGCUUGAUAGCACAGGCCUUACCGAAAUUCCAGACUUUCAAUUCACACACAAUACCCAUCUUGAAGAAUUGAAGCUACAACAAAACCUAUUCAGUCGGCUAAACGAGAAAACAUUUUACGGUUUGUCGCAGUCCUUGAAGGUCCUCUAUCUCCAAGGAAACCAGUUUCGCACGCUCGGGCGGUGCGUCCUGCAACAUCUGACGUCACUGGAUACUUUAUAUCUGGGAAGAAAUCCACUAGAUUGUGACUGUAGACAUCGUUUCUUACGUCAAUGGAUAAUCGACAGAAUCGCAGACGAUUUUCUCAACGAGUUCAUAAUUGAAAGUUACUGCAAUACACCCGGCAAGUACAUGAACAGAGCUCUCUGGGAAAUACCGGAAGAGGAACUUGUUUGCGAUUCUGCGCAUGAAGAAGGAGUAUGUGAAAACAUUACAACUGUUUCGCCUCAACAAACAACCAGACAAACUACUCCAGAUCCUUUCGUCACGUUACGUCCACACACCGGAAAUGGAUCGUCGAUGUUCCGGUUUACAAAAAUCAUUGAGACCGACAACGGAAUAAAUCUAGAAUGGACGUCUGAAGAUGAAAUCGAGACCGGCUUUAGCUUGGAAUACCAACUCUUAGGUCAAACAUCGAAAAUCAGAACCGAGAACCUGCAUAAAUCUACACGGAAUUUUCUUAUUUCGGGUCUAGAUACGAACUGCCAUUAUCUCCUAUGUCUUCGAGUAAAACCAAGACAGAAAGACAUCCCUGAUAAAGAGCAACGGACGUGCAUUGCGGUCAGGACGCUUCCUUGAAUAUUUUCAAACUAUAUGACAUAUAGAAGGCUUUAAGUGACCAACACACAAAAAUAAGAAGCCGCUUCCAAAAUAUUGAUGAUCAAGCGAUACAAAGACAACGGCGUGUUUGAACAGACCAACACGAUUUUUAAAGAAAAGUGUUGAUCGAGACAUUAAAUAUAUUCUCAUAGAGUAUUUUAAAAUCUGUAUUGAAAUUAAAA